AUGGCACCUAGUUUACGCGAGUUGGAAAAACAGCAGAGUCACCUGCGGAGAACCCUAGAAGCCAUUCAGCAGUUUGUGAAUGCGUACGAUGGAACGAGAGAUGCUGACCAGAUCGACGUCCGUCUAGAACGCUUGGACGAGACGUUCAACCAGUUCCGUUCUGUGCGAAUCAAGAAUGAGCUGCUGACCGAAGAAGAUGACUUGGAUGUGGAAGUGGUGGAAGGUGAAACAGAAGAAGAACGUGCGGAGAGGGAGGCUGAUGUGAAGAAGAAGCGGAAGGAGAAGAACGUGAAGGUGCUGAUGGAUGCUGAAGAGUUCUACUGUGCUGUGAAGGCGAAGCUGUACAAGAAGCGCGGUCCGCUGGAGACCGUCGCACCGGUCCCUGUACCAUCUGCUGUUGAUGCGAAGCCUGCUGUUGGUCUGUCUCAUGUCAAACUUCCGGACAUCAACCUACCGAUUUACACUGCUGUCGGAUUUUGACAAGUUCACGUAUCUACGCUCGUCGCUGCUCGGUGAAGCGCUUCUGGAG